CUAUAGUAUACUAUGAUCUUAGGUCAUACGCAUUGAGUCGUUUAAUGUAAUUGAAAUUCAACAUUAAUGCAAUAGUGUCCGUUGUGAUUGUUCUGAAACUUUGUCAACAGUCAAAAUUCAAUCAGUGGAAUAUGGAAGCACCAUCAGAUGUCAGAGCAUGAGCAAUAUUUAUUACUAUAUAUAUAUCUAUAUAUCUACAAUCAAAACAUUUCAACAAGUUCUGGUGUCUUAAAGUGAAUAACGAUUAUGAUUAUAAACUGAAGAAUAAAAAUAUCUGAAAAUAUCCAAUCAUAUCAAGUUAUCAUAAUCAAGAUACACAAGAGGAGUCUUUACUUGGUUCUUCAAACGAACAUAUGGAACAGUUUGAAUCAGAUAGUGUAAGACAACGUAUUUGUCAAGAGGAAGUAGCUCUCGAAAAGCUGAAGUACAUUUUUCGAAGAUGUAAAACCUUGCUUGAAAAAUCCAAAGACCAUAGACUUGAUAGGGAAGCAAAUUUGAUGCUCUAUAGUGAGUUUAGGGCACCAUUAUGUACUCCAAACCAGGUGCGGACAUCUUCUUUAAACACCCUUGAAGGACAUCCACUAAUGUGGGCAACAUAUAUUAGAGGUAAUAACGAUGACUCUUCAAGCAAAUACGAGACAUCACCAAUGAAACAACCAGGAACAUUUAAGCCUAGCUCAUCUAGGGUGACUAAAUAUCCAGAACAAAAAAAAAAGUUACGCUCUAAGAUGUUAGCUUCUAGCCGAAAGAUGUCAACUGAAAAGUUUAUGGCCGAAUUUUAUCAAUUUAUGUUAACAAAAUUAUAAAAGAAAAAAUAAUUCUAUUAUCUGUGACUGUGAAUUUCAUACCAUUAGAAAUAAACAGAUAAAAUUAAUAAUCUUAUUUUAUGAAUACUAUUAUAUUAUAUUUUCAUUAAUCAACAACCAUAAAAAUGAAUACCUUUUUUUAGAUAGGUUAUAUCAAAGUUAUUUCAAUAUUAGUAAGUUUUAUCCAAAAUUGUGAAUUUUAUUACAAUAUAUUAUAUUCUAAACACCAUACUUGGUCUAUGUUAAUUUG